UAUGGGUUCCCACCUACACUGUUUGCGGCAGCUUUCUGCUUCAGCUGAAGCCAGAAGUAUUCACAGUGUACCACAGACAGCAGGGGAGGGGGGAGGAAGAAAGACUGCUCUCUGCACUUGUGCUUUUGUUAGUCCACAGAAGAGGCAGAGAAACAAGAGAUAACAAAGGCUGUUUCCUCUCUGUGAGAGAAGGCUUUUGUCUUUCCUCCUGCAACGAUGUCAGUGUCUGGCAAGAAAGAGUUUGAUGUGAAACAGAUCCUAAGGCUACGCUGGAGGUGGUUUAGUCAUCCUUCUCAAGGUUCGCCCAACACUGGAAACUGCCUUCAGCAGGAAGGAUAUGAGCAUAGAGGGACCCCGGUUCAGGGCAGGUUGAAGAGCCACCCUCGGGACAGAAAUGGACUAAAGAAAAGCAACAGUCCUGUCCACCACAGCAUACUGGCACCAGUGCCAGGACCGGCCCCUGCCCAUCAAAGAGCCCUUCAGAAUUGGCACCCACAAAACCUAAUAGAACAUCUUCAAGCAAAUGAAGAUACUCCUAAAGCAGUUCCAGAGGAGAAUUUGUUCAAAAAAUCUUGUGAGAAACACUCACAAGAUUUGGAGAUGAUGGCUGAUGAUAAUACAGAAGAUUCUACAGCAAGACUAGAUACACAACAUCCUAAGGAAAUGAAUGUCAGCAGAUCUGAGGAGCAGUUCCAUGCUGUAAAUCAUGCAGAACAAACUCUUCAUAAAAUGGAGAACUACCUGAAAGACAAACAAUUGUGUGAUGUGCUACUCAUUGCUGGACACCUCCGAAUCCCAGCCCAUCGGUUGGUUCUCAGUGCAGUGUCUGAUUACUUUGCUGCAAUGUUUACUAAUGAUGUGCUUGAAGCCAAACAAGAAGAGGUCAAGAUGGAAGGAAUCGAUCCCAAUGCACUUAAUUCCUUGGUGCAGUAUGCUUACACAGGUGUCUUGCAGUUGAAAGAAGAUACUAUUGAAAAUUUGCUGGCUGCAGCUUGUCUCCUGCAGCUGACUCAAGUCGUUGAAGUCUGCUCCAAUUUUCUCAUAAAGCAGCUCCACCCUUCAAACUGCUUAGGGAUUCGAUCAUUUGGAGAUGCCCAGGGCUGUACAGAGCUUCUGAGUGUGGCACAUAAGUACACAAUGGAACACUUCAUCGAGGUAAUAAAGAACCAAGAAUUCCUCCUGCUUCCAGCUAAUGAGAUUUCAAAACUUUUGUGCAGUGAUGACAUUAAUGUGCCUGAUGAAGAAACCAUUUUCCAUGCUCUAAUGCAGUGGGUAGGGCAUGAUGCACAGGCUAGGCAACAAGACCUAGCAAUGCUGCUUUCAUACAUCAGACUGCCAUUACUUCCACCACAGUUACUAGCAGAUCUUGAAAACAGCUCCAUGUUUACUGGUGAUCUUGAGUGUCAGAAGCUCCUGAUGGAAGCUAUGAAGUAUCAUCUCUUACCAGAGAGAAGACCCAUGAUGCAAAGCCCUCGGACAAAACCUAGAAAAUCAACUGUGGGAGCACUUUAUGCUGUGGGAGGCAUGGAUGCUAUGAAAGGUACCACUACUAUUGAAAAAUAUGACCUCAGGACCAACAGCUGGCUACACAUUGGCACCAUGAGUGGCCGUAGGCUUCAGUUUGGAGUUGCAGUUAUUGAUAAUAAGCUCUAUGUCGUGGGAGGAAGAGAUGGUUUAAAAACUUUGAAUACUGUGGAAUGUUUUAAUCCUGUCGGCAAAAUCUGGACAGUGAUGCCUCCCAUGUCAACACACAGGCACGGCUUAGGUGUAGCCACACUUGAAGGACCAAUGUAUGCUGUUGGUGGCCAUGAUGGAUGGAGUUAUCUAAAUACUGUAGAAAGAUGGGACCCUGAAGGACGUCAGUGGAAUUAUGUGGCCAGUAUGUCAACCCCUAGAAGCACAGUUGGUGUUGUCGCAUUAAACAACAAGCUAUAUGCUAUUGGUGGACGUGAUGGAAGUUCCUGCCUCAGAUCUAUGGAAUACUUUGAUCCACACACUAACAAGUGGAGUCUGUGUGCUCCAAUGUCCAAAAGGCGUGGAGGUGUGGGAGUUGCAACAUACAAUGGAUUCUUAUAUGUUGUUGGGGGUCAUGAUGCCCCUGCUUCUAAUCAUUGCUCCAGGCUUUCUGACUGUGUGGAACGGUAUGAUCCAAAAAAUGAUUCAUGGUCAACUGUGGCACCUCUGAGUGUUCCUCGAGAUGCUGUUGCCGUAUGUCCCCUUGGAGAUAAACUCUAUGUGGUUGGAGGAUAUGAUGGACAUACUUAUUUGAACACUGUUGAGUCAUAUGAUGCACAGAAAGAUGAAUGGAAAGAGGAAGUUCCUGUUAACAUUGGAAGAGCUGGUGCAUGUGUUGUGGUGGUGAAGUUACCAUGAAGCUGUCUUUAUCAAAGGGAAGAAAACUGGAUAAUUUCAAGAAAUGGAGUAGGAAGAGUAGAGGAAAAAGAAACAUAUUAUUUCCUUCAGUUAGUAAUCAAACAUGAAAAUUUCUGUGUCAUUUUAAUAUGUAGUUAUAAAUGCUAUCAUUUGUGAAGCCAAAGCAAGUUUUCAAACAUUAAUUACAUUAGGUAUUAGGUGUUAAGUGUAUAUGUUGUUACAGCUGAUAAUAUAAUUGGAAAUCAAAUAGUCUAGGUUUAGCCUUAUUACCUUAAAAUGUUAAAAAUGUUAAAAUGUGGAGUUCCUGUCGUGGCGCAGUGGUUAACGAAUCCAACUAGGAACCAUGAGGUUGCGGGUUCGGUCCCUGCCCUUGCUCAGUGGACUGACGAUCUGGCAUUGCUGUGAGCUGUGGUGUAGGUUGCAGACGCGGCUCGGAUCCUGCAUUGCUGUGGCUCUGGCGUGGGCGGUUGGUUGCAGCUCUGAUUAGACCCCUAGCCUGGGAACCUCCAUAUGCCGCGGGAGCGGCCCAAGAAAUGGCAAAAAGACAAAAAAAAAAAAAAAAUGUUAAAAUGGUUAAGGGAAAUUGAUAGUGACCAAAGUAUAAAAGGUUAUAAAAGCACUGGUAAUUUUAAUUUGAGUCUGAUAAGUUAUAAACAUUUUCUAUUCCAGAAAAAUAGGUAUUCUAUCAUUUGGAACAUAAAUAAUAUAAAAGAGAACAUCUAAAGCUUAAAUUAUAAAAUGUAUCUCUUAUUCAAACAAUAUCCCAAAUAGCUAAAUAAUACCUCACAUUUACCAAAAGGAAAGCUUUUACUGUCAUGAGGUUAAAAAAAAAAAAAAAAAAAAAGAAAAAGCUAUGCUGAUCACAGUAUGUUUUCACAGAAUUACCCUUUUACAGUACCAUCUUCCAAAGCACACAUAUAGAUUUGGUAUUCCGUAACAUGCUGUCUUGUUAGAUUUGUUACCAGUAAUAUAUCGUUUUAAUUUAUAUACAUACAAUUUAUACAAUAAAAUGGUGAAUAUUUAUCAUAUUGAUACAAACUGUGACCUCAGCUUUAGGGUGUCAGAGCCCCAUAUGUAAUAGUCUUCUCAAACAUUUCUGUGGACUCAUUGUAAACACCUGCCAUUAAGUUAAACAAGUUUUCAAAAACAAAACAAUUUUUAAACAGUGGUAAACUCAAGAUGCCCUACAAUAUUAGCACAUGGAAACACCAAAAUGUCCAACAUCCAUGGUUAAUUCUACAAUUAUCUUCUAUAUACCAAUACAAAAUUUUCUGUUAAUUUUGUAAUCAUCCAGUAGAGAAUGGUAAGAGCAUAUGCACUACAAAAUAGUUUUAAAUUAAAAAACAAAACAAAAAGAAGGCUAGCUGGGUAGUAUUUUACUUUUGAAUUCUUAGUUCAUUUAUCCAAUUAUAAAAAAUACUUAAGAUAAAAUGUUGAAAAAAAUUUCUUUAUGAAAGUAACUUUUCAAGUAAAUUUUAGAAAUUCUGCAGUGUGUCCUUUCAAAUGGGCUUUGUAUUGUAGUAUGUGAAACCAGUAUAUAAAUCCAGAGAGAUGCUUAUAAAAUACUACUACAUUUUAAGUUUUUUAAAAAGAGCAACAUUAAGUUGUACAAAGAUAUUUUGUACUUUGGAAAGAUGAAUUUAAAUAAAAUCUGUUUCCUCUGGUUAUAAAGAGUGUGGCUUCAGAGUAUGUCAAGUGCAACUUGAAUUGACUUUUUGAUAUUUAUUGUUCCAAUAGCUAAAAUAUUCAAAUACAAAAAUAAAAUUCCCCUGCUUUGUUUCUUA